CUGAAAAAAAUGUUUUUUCGUUUGUGAAUAGAUUUGCCUUUGCAAUAAUUUGGUGUAUUUUAGAAAAAGUGAAAAAAUAGGUAAUUUAAUAGAACAAUAAAAUAUACAGGAACUUACCAAAAUGGAUUUUAUAAAAUUUGAAAGCGCGCGAGACAAAGAGAGGAUACGUCAACAACUUCGUGAGGCGCGAGAUAAAAUGCUGGAUCAGGCCAAGUUGCGUAGAGAGGAAAGGUUGCAACGAGAAGCGGCACAGGAGCCAAGAGGCGAGACAAAUCGGAGAUUCAACGAACCAAAAGGAUCAAAAAAGAAAAGGAAGGUUAAAGCAAAAAAAUCGAAGAGCAAAGGCAAGCAUAUCAAGAAGCGAAAGAAGUACACGUCUUCGGAAUCGGACCCAGAUACCUCAGAGAUAGACAGUGAUGAUAGUUCAUCUGAUGAUGAACCGGUUGGCUCCUCCAAGAAAAAGAAGAAGAGAGAGAAGAAAAAGGAAUACUCAUCUUCGGGAUCAGACACAUGGGAUAUGCCAAGUGAUGAUAGUUCAUCUGAAGAUGAGAAAGAAGCAUCAAGCAAAUCAACUUCAAAAAAGCAGAAAAAAAGUAAAGAAAGUACAUCAACAUCUACUUCAGGUUCGGACUCAUCGGAUUCUGACAGUAGCUCCAAAAGGUCGUUCGCGCGCUGUAAAUCAAAAAUGAAGCUUAAACGCCACACCGAAUUUGAAGGUUCGCCAAAGGAUUGUCAGCCAAUACCAAUUGACAGCGUUCCAGAGCGUGACAGCUGGAUGACACAACCAUUGCCGCUGAGUAGAUAUUGCAAGGGAGUUGAAGAAAAGCGAUCCUCUAAGGAACAAAAUUACGAAGUUUAUGACCCCUCUAAAAGUACGCGCGAGUUAAAUCCAUACUGGAAAACGACGGGCACAGGCCUGCCAGAUUUUAAAAAGCCCUCCGAAGACCAUGAUGAUGACAGUGAUGAUGAACGGUUAGCCAACGCCUUUAUUUCAACUUCAGAGAAGGUUGAUAGAAGUGGUGUAUCGAAAAACUGGCGAAAGGCGGACAAGAAAGAAACCGCCUCUUUGUCCAUUUACGGCUCAGAGAGCAGUGACGGCGAAGAAGUGAAAGCAGAAAAAUCAUCGUUGGUUAGUAGUUUCUUCACUGAUCAACAAAUGAAUGAGCUAGGCGCGAAGUUGGUGAAAGCCGAAAUUAUGGGCAAUGACGAAUUGGCGGCAAAGCUCAAGCUGGAAUUGGAGAAUGCACGAAAGAAUCGUGCAGCUUUCAUAGAGGGAAAACUUGCUCAAUCUACAGCAGGGAGCAGUAAAUCUAUAAAGAAGUCUGCAAGAAGAGAAAGGGAAGAUGAGCAUGUGCUGCUCACGCAUACUGAUGAACGUGGAAAUGUUCGCCCGCUAGCAAAGGCAUCACGAACUAUAGAUGAGCGUGAUUUAUACGGUGGCCGUAAUGCGCGCAGAAAGCAAAAACGUCUGGAGACGCAUGCAGAUGGCGAGCGCAUGCGCUACUUCCCAGAUGAUGACAAAUACGAUAUCAAGCAAAUGUUUGAGCGUGAGAAGUAUACUAGCGCAAGCGAUGCAAAUUUGGAGUUUGCCAAAAUCGCUGGUAAACAUAAGAACCCUAAUGAUAAUCUAGACGACAUAUUCGCCGAUGAAGUGCGGAAGGAUAUUCCCCAAUCGUCUACUGACCGAAAAGAAAUGCAACGCGCCAUUACAGAACAUCAACGGCUCACUGAGCAAUUGGAUAACUGCAGGUUUUGCUUCGAAUCGCAAAAAAUGGAUAAAAGCCUGCUCAUAUCUAUGGGUAAACAAGUUUAUCUCGCUUUGCCAUGGCAUAUUGGCAUGCAACCGGGUCAUUGCAUAAUUAGUACAACACAGCACAACAGUUGCUGCACUCAAUUGGACGAGGAUACCUGGUCGGAGGUGAACGAUUUUUUCAAGGCACUUACGCGAAUGUUUGCUGCACAGAAAAAGGAUGUGGUGUUCUUUGAAAUCGCCAGUCGUCUGUCUCGCCGACCUCAUCUCAGUAUACAUUGUGUACCCAUACCAGAUGAACAGGCUGAAAUGGCGCCAUUCUACUUUAAGAAAGCCGUCGAAGAAUCGGAACUUGAGUGGAGCGUUAACAAGCAGUUAAUAUCUUUGGGUCGCGAUGGUAAAGGACUACGGAACUGUAUACCCAAAGGGCUACCUUACUUUUGGGUAAAUUUUGGCAUGGGCAUCGGAUUUGCGCACGUUAUUGAGGAUGAAGAUCGAUUCCCACCUAAUUUUGCACUGGAAAUUAUUGGUGGCAUGUUGGAAUUGGAUGCCAGGAAAUGGCGUAGACCACAAAAAGAACAAAAUAGUAUUGCAAAAGCUAAUAUGUUUGCUGGCUGGUGGAAAAAAUUUGAUUGCACUAAAUAAAUUAAAACAAGUUUAAAACAA